AUGAAUCCAAUUUUUACUCCAGAAUUAUGUAAUAUAGCCUUUCCUUUCAACAAUAUUGUGAAAGACGUGGAAACGGUCACUAAAAAUGGAUGCUUUCGCAACGCUUCAAGAAUGAAAAAAGUAAAUGAUGACUGGAAAUGUUUCCUUAGUAAAAUAUGUUCGUUUGAAUAUGAGAUCAUGAUAAGUAGUUCAUUAGAACCAAUGAAAAAUUAA